AUGACGGCGUUGGCUUGGGGCUAUUUCCCAGGCGUCAACGUUACUAUCUUCGUCUUCUCACUUUCUUUCUCGCGGUACGCUCCAAUUUAUAGGAUUACUAAAGAGGCAUAUUGCAAUGGGCCCCGGUAUAAAGUAGCGAUUUUCUCCAAGAAUGCGGCCGGCGUGUAUAGGCAGUCGCGGGAGUGGAGGCUGGGGAGAUCGACACAGGAAAUUAACGCACUGAUAGCGGGGGGAAAAACAAGCGACACACACAACUGGUCGGUUUUAUUGACGAACAAGCGGGAACACGCGUGCGAGAACGCGCUUGCGCGCGCCUCAUCGACAUUGCACAACAAUAGUUCUCCAGCCCCCUGUUUCUUCGUCUGUCCCAGAUGCUUCCUCACUCAUCUCCUCUACCCGUUUCCUCGGCCCCUGUCUCUCCAGCUCGAGACGAACGGCUUCAACCUUUCUCACUGUGUCUUUCUGUCAAUGAAGCGAUUCAAUGCUAAAGACUCUUGUCCGUUCGUUCCCAAAUGCGGACUUGUGCCCUCUUGCCCGUUCUCUUGCCAUUUAUACGCCUGGUAA